AAGCAGACACAGGAAGAUCAAGCUGCACAGUUGCAUAAGAAUUUGGUUGAGAUGGAGGAUUUCAGCCUGAUGAAGCAGCAUCUUCAAGAAAAGGAAGAACUCAUUAGUACUUUGCGUGCUGAGCUUAGGCAGACACAAGAAGAGCAAGAUGCACAGCUGGAGGAACUGAAGACCCUGCAGCAGCAGUACUUACUGAGGAAUCGGGAGGUCAUUGAGCUACUGCCACUGAAGGCUCAGCUCCAGGAGUAUCAAGAGCAGGCAGAAACCAUGCAGAUGAUGCAGGAGGAACUUAGGCGGGAAAGCCUGGCCUGGCAGCAAGAGCUACAUCAGCUCAGAAUGGAAAAAAAUACCUGGAAACUUCAGGAGAAGCGGAUAAAGGAACAGUACACUAUGGCCAUCAAAGAUAAAGAUAAGCAGCUCAGUCAUCUGCAGAGUCUCCUGUGGUCUUCCUCACAAAGCCAGAUUCUCUCUGCACAGUACCAAAGACAGCUGCUGGAGGAGAAGAACACCCUCUCCAUCCAGCUCAGCGACGUCAGCCAGAGUCCCCACAAGAGCCAGCACCACUCCAGUGACCUCUCCAAGCACUGCGCUGUCCUGGAGAGGCAGGUGCAGGAGCUGUAG